AUGCAUACUUGUUAAAGCAGCUCAAACAAAAUCCUAAAACUUAAGAAGCCGGAUUUGGUUGUGACUGUUGAUGUAUGUUAUGGUCCGGUCCAUCUCCGGCAAUUGAAUGUGAGUGUGCUGUAUACAGCGUACAACUCGCUAAAGUUCCACGAGCGUUAAAAGUGGCCACAGUCAAAGGGUUAAGCAUCUAUGCCAAGGGCAUAUAUUAUUUCUUAAAACUAAAGGAAGAAAAAACAAAUGUCGAGGAGACCUGUUUCAACAGAGAGCAGGCGAAGUACUGCUGCCCAGUUUUUUAUGGAUGAAGAUGAGAAUCUGGAACCAGAGCCACCCAGGUCAACAUAUGACAGGGUUGUUAAUUUACUUAAUGAAGCAGCAGCUUCGUCAUGGGAGAGUCAGAAAGUUAGCAACUUGCGCCAAGUACAAGAGCUUGUGGUUCAUAAAGAACCAAACUUACUGGACAAUUUUUUGGAUGAAAUGCUUGCUUUCCAAAAUGACAAAAGUACAGAUGUGAGAAAGGUUGUUGUUGGGUUUGUGGAAGAGGCUUGCAAGAAGGACCCUGAUGUGCUUCCAAAAGUAGUCGCAAACUUGAACAUGAUGCUUUCAGAUGAAUCAGUAGUUAUUCAGAAACGUGUAAUUCAGGCUGCUACACGAUUAUAUAAAGUUACUUUAAAGUGGUUGUGUAAGGCAAAGGUUGUAGAUGAUAUUAUGGAAUCCACAUGGACUUACAUGUGCCAGUUAAAGUCCAGAAUUGUCUCUUUGUUAGACUGUGAAAAUGAUGGGGUCAGAACACACACAGUGAAAUUCCUGGAAAUGCUUGUUAUAACUCAGACUUAUCCAGAUCCAGACUUUCCAUGCAAAGAAAAAGAAGUCACACUGUCAGAUAUUCCUCUCACCUUGAAAAUAGCAAGACCUCGGAAGCUUCAAGAAGAAGCAAGGCAGAUGUUUGAGACUUUAGUCAUAUUUCAUGGCACGCAGCAUAUAUCUAGUGUGAAUUUAAUGGCAUGUAUGCAGACAUUGAGCCUGAUAGCCAAACAGAGACCAAGGUUCAUGAGUCAGGUUGUUCAGGCUCUUGAGGCUCUCCAUGCCAACCUACCCCCAACUUUAGCAAAAUCACAAGUUAGCAGUGUUAGAAAACACCUCAAGAUCACAAAGAACAUGCCAGGAGCAGAGGAACUUGGAAAAAGACAGAGAAGAGAUCAGGAUGAUGAUGGAGAGCAACAAAGCUAUAAGAAGAUGAAAAUUGAAGAAGAAAAAGAAGAGGAAGAGGAUGAGGAGGAAGAAGAUGAGGAAGAAGAAAAGCCAUUAAGGAUUUCAAAAGCAGCUACCAACACUGCCAUUGAUAUAACAGCAGAGGAUUUAGUAUCUCGUCUUGUUUCUGUUAAUGUAACAGAUUUAGUAUUGAUCAGCAUGCUGUCACUGCCAGAUACCAUGCCAGCCCAUUUCCAAGCUUCUUACACUCCCAUUUCAGUCGCGGGUACUGAAGGCCAAAUCAAACAUCUUGCUCGACUCAUUAGUACACAGAUGACUGCAGCAGGAAUUGGAAAAGGUGUUGAGGAGAUGAUGUUAAGUGUAACUGAGCCUGAAGAAGAAGAUGAUGGAGGAACAUCCCCUAAACACACCAUUGCCACUGUAGUAGGUGGACAGCGAAUUUCAAAGAAAAAAGACAAAACCCCACUUACUCUUCUUCCUACAGGAACCCAGUCGAAAGGGGCAAGACGUCUGAAACAGCUAAAUCUGGCAGAAAUCACUAAGCCUUUGUCUCAGGAACAGAAGGAAAAUAUGGCCAUAUCUGCUUUUGGACGAAUUAUAGAUGCUGAAAGAAAUGCAGCAGAAGGAGGUGUAAGUCAGGUUCGCAGAAGAGUAUUAGCCAGCUUAGCAACACAGUUCCGGGGAAAAGUAGCUGAAAUGCUAGAAGAGUUUAUAUUUCAAGAUAUUCGCAACAGAUUUGAGAUUGGUCUAACGUGGUUGUAUGAAGAGUAUGCAACAUAUCAAGGGUUCAAUCAACUUUCACAACUCCCAGGAACGCCUACACUUGAUGAUUAUAACAACUGUUUAGGUUCACUAAUUAGUGGUUUAUUGGAGAAAGCUGACCAGAAGGAUCGUGACAUUUUAUUUGUAAGAACAAAUAUAAGCUAUCAGAAAUUUAAAAAGCAUCUUCCGACAGGGUGGAGUGAAGAAAGUACAAAACAGUGGCUCCACCUGUACCUCACUUUACUUCCUGUUAACCACAAACUCAUACACGACUUAGCCUCAGUGUAUGUGGGAACUGUUGCUGAUGUUAAGAGGACCAUUUUACGAGCUCUGGAGGCUCCUGUAAAGGGGAUGGGGAUGAGCUCUCCAGAACUUUUAUUGUUGGUAGAAAAUUGUCUCAAAGGAGCUGAAACUCUUGUUACUAGGAUUAUACAUAUUCUAACUGAUAAAGCUCCUCCUUCAGCAGAAUUGGUAGCCAGGGUGCGUGAUCUUUAUCACAAACGUGUCCCAGAUGUUCGGUUCCUCAUUCCUGUUCUCAAUGGACUUAGUAAAAAAGAGGUCAUUGCUGCUUUACCAAAGCUCAUCAAAUUAAAUCCAAUUGUAGUCAAGGAAGUUUUUAACAGAUUGUUAGGAACACACGCCGAUGCAGGAACUAGCUUUACCAGUCCUUUAACACCAGCUGAACUCUUAAUUGCUUUACAUAACAUUGACCCUGCAAAAUGUGAUAUGAAAACCAUAAUCAAAGCUACAGGCCUGUGCUUUGCCCAGAAGCAGAUCUAUACACAGGAGGUCUUGGCUGUCGUGAUGCAGCAGUUAAUGGAACAAAGCCCACUUCCAACACUGUUGAUGAGAACAGUAAUUCAAUCUUUGUCCCUCUAUCCUCGUUUAAUUGGUUUUGUUAUGAACAUCCUUCAGAGGUUGAUUUUAAAACAGGUGUGGAAACAGAAAAAAGUAUGGGAAGGAUUUAUCAAGUGUUGUCAGAGAACCAAACCCCAGUCUUUCCAAGUUCUGUUACAGCUUCCACCCCAACAGCUACUUAAUGUAUUUGAGACAAGCCCAGAACUCCAAGAUCCUCUUCUUCAGCAUGUUCUCUCAUUCACUGAUCAUCAGAAAGCUCACAUUCCUCAGGCCAUCAUAAAUAUUUUGUUUGGUUCUGAAGAUGAACAACAAGAAGAACCUGGUACCUCUUCUCUUUCCAACUUGAGCUUGGCACCACAGGAAUCUUUGAUAACUUUACAAAACAAUGAGCCUCCUCCUCCAGGUCAUGAGUCAACCUUACCACUGACUCUUACUAUCAAAACUGAAGCAGAUUUCUAGAGUAUAAGAGUUGAAGAUGACGUCUUGAUACCUUUUUUUAUGGAGCUAAGAUUUCAAUCUUGAUACUUGAAAUUCGGGCUCUUUACCACAAGUUGAAGCUGUAAAUGUUUUGUACAGAUGAGACAGUAGUUUCAUUAAUGAAUAAAAUGUUUGUUUUCUUUCA